AUGUCGGGUUUUCUCAAUUCUAUAGGUCGACUUCGAGCACCUAAACGUCCUCCACCACCCGGAGUUGGGAAUUAUUACGACCCCACUUCCCCUUUACCCAUCCCAUCACCAUCUUCCGAUCUCCUUCCUUCUCCAGAAACACCACAGACGAAACCUCUUUAUUUAUGUCCACCAUUCGUGAAAGCCGCUUUGGUAAAAGGAAGUUUCAAGACUAUCGUCAAAGUUCCCGCUUAUGUGGAUGGGAAUGAAUGGGUAGCUAUUGGUUUGUUCGACUUUUAUCACAUGUUGAAUCAUUUCUAUACGGCAUUAACGGAUUUCUGUACUAUACAAAAUUGUCCAAUGAUGACUGCCGGACCUACACUCUACUUCCUUUGGCCAGACGCUAAUCGUCGUCCUACUGCUAUCCCAGCCCCGGUAUAUAUCGAUUACGCCAUGACGGCUGUUCAGAAAGCUUUGGAGGAUGAAUCGAUUUUUCCGACCAAAGCUAAUAACGGUUUUUCCGACACUUUCCCACAAUCAGCCAGAUCAAUGUACAAAUCACUUUUCCGAGUAUUCGCUCAUGUUUAUCAUUCACAUUUCGAACAAAUCCUACAUUUAUCUCUUGAGGCUCAUUUCAACUCUCUUUUCGCUCAUUUUCUCGCUUUUGGACAUGAAUUCCAUCUUGGCAGAAUGGAAGAAUUGAUGACUUCCAACGGUGUUGGUCAGGGUGUAUGGGAAUUACGUGAGAAAUGGGUAGAAAUGGGUAUUUUAGAACCGGAAUCGGAUCGAUAG